AUGAGGCUACCAAAACCUGCCCUUUGCCUCCUCUCUUUUCUUCUCUCUUCUCUAGUACUCCACAGACCCACCUUUGCUAUAAAAAAGUCAUAUGUGGUCUACUUUGGAGCUCACUCACACCCCCCUGGCUUUUCUGAACUUGAACUAACCCAAGUGAGAGAGAGUCAUUAUGAGUUUCUUGGAUCAUUCUUGGGCAGCCAUGAAGUUGCAAAAGACUCCAUUAUUUACUCAUACACAAGGCACAUCAAUGGCUUUGCUGCCACAUUAGAAGAAGAAGAUGCAGAUCAGAUAGCUAAGCAUCCAAAGGUAGUCUCAGUUUUCUUGAACAAAGGAAAAAAGUUACACACAACAAGAUCAUGGGAUUUCCUGGGACUUGAACAUAAUGGUGUUACUCCCCCAAAUUCAGCUUGGGAGAAGGCAAGAUAUGGUGAAGAUACAAUUAUAGCAAACCUUGAUACUGGGGUAUGGCCAGAAUCUAAGAGCUUUAAUGAUGAAGAAUAUGGACCGAUUCCAUCCAAGUGGAAAGGAAUCUGCCAAAAUGAAGCUGAUACUGAAUUUCACUGCAACAGGAAGCUAAUUGGAGCUAGAUACUUCAACAAAGGCUUUGCUGCAGUGGUUGGACCACUCAACUCCUCCUUCCAGUCACCGCGCGACGAGGAAGGCCACGGCUCUCACACCUUGUCAACAGCCGGUGGCAACUUUGUGACCGGGGCAAGUGUGUUUGGCUUUGGAAAUGGAACAGCAAAAGGUGGAUCACCAAAAGCUAGGGUUGCAGCUUAUAAGGUGUGUUGGCCUCCAGUCAAUGGAAGUGAGUGCUUUGAGGCAGACAUAUUGGCUGCAUUCGACAUGGCGAUCCACGAUGGCGUUGAUGUGUUGUCUAUAUCACUUGGUGGAGAUCCUGCUCCUUUUUUCAACGAUAGUGUUGCAAUUGGAUCUUUUCAUGCUGCUAAGCAUGGCAUUGUGGUGGUCUGCUCAGCUGGAAAUUCUGGUCCGGGUGAUGGUACUGUAUCUAAUGUAGCAGUGUGGCAGAUCACAGUAGGUGCUAGCACCAUAGAUAGGGAGUUUCCUAGUUAUGUCACUCUUGGCAACUGGAAGCACUUCAAGGGACAAAGCUUAUCGGCUAAUGCCUUGCCUGGCAAGAGGUUCUACUCACUUAUAAGUGCUGCAGAUGCUAAAGCAGCUAAUACAUCAGUUCAUGAAGCUUUGUUGUGCAAAUCUGGAACGCUUGAUCCAAAAAAGGUUAAGGGAAAGAUCUUGGCCUGCCUUCGAGGGGACAAUGCAAGAGUGGACAAGGGUGAACAAGCCUUACUUGCUGGUGCUGUGGGGAUGAUUCUUGCUAACGAUGAGGUUAAUGGGAAUGAAAUUAUCUCUGAUCCACAUCUCCUCCCUGCUUCACAUAUCAAUUUUACUGAUGGCGCCCUUGUCUUUGCUUACAUCAACGCAACUGAGUUUCCUAGAGCUUAUAUAACACGUCCUACAACGCAAUUAGGAACAAAACCAGCUCCAUUCAUGGCAGCAUUUUCAUCGAAGGGACCUAACACCAUUACACCAGAUAUCCUUAAGCCUGAUAUCACUGCACCGGGAGUGAGUGUUAUAGCAGCCUACACUGAAGCACAAGGGCCAACUAAUCAAGAGUUUGACAGAAGGCGAGUUCCAUUCAACUCGGUUUCUGGCACAUCUAUGUCAUGUCCACACAUUUCCGGCGUUGUUGGCCUUCUUAAAACCCUCUAUCCUGACUGGAGUCCAGCAGCUAUUAAAUCUGCAAUCAUGACCACAGCAAAAACACAAGAUAAUAGCAGAGAACCAGUGCUCAAUGCUUCAAACUCUGAGGCAACACCAUUUAGUUAUGGAGCAGGGCAUGUUAACCCAAACAGUGCUACAGAUCCUGGGUUGGUUUACGAUUUAGACACUUAUGAUUACUUGAAUUUGUUGUGUGCAAUGGGGUACAAUGAAACACAAAUCGAAACAUUCUCACAGGAGCCCUACAAAUGCCCUAGCCCUUCUAUUAGUCUCACAAACCUGAACUACCCUUCUAUCACUGUCCCUAAACUCUCUGGCUCCCUCGUUGUGAAGAGAACGCUGAAAAAUGUCGGAGAACCGGGAACCUAUAAGGCACGCAUCAUAAAUCCAGAUGGCAUAUCGGUUUCUGUUGAGCCGAUGAGCUUGAAGUUCAAGAAGGUUGGUGAAGAGAAGAGCUUCAAUGUAGUCCUACAGGCUAAAGGUUCCGAAGCAGCUAAAAAUUACGUAUUUGGAAAGUUGAUAUGGUCAGAUGGUAAGCACAAUGUAAGGAGUCCCAUUGUGGUAAAGGCGGCCUAAAGAAGAAGUAAGCAAAUCUGCUUCAUCUAUUUUGACAGUACCUCAUCACCUAGUUUCACUGGUUUUUUCAUUAUAGCCUAGUAGAUAAUCUUAGUUGCUAGGUUGAUGAUUUUUUUUUGGUCAAUCUAGGUUGAUGAUGAUCUGCAAUAAUUGACUGGAAGUGAACAUUGUUCGAGCUUAGUUUAUUAUUAACGAAAAGCUAGCCUACAAGUACUUUUACGCAUCAUUCGAUUCAGGCCGGUUGUGUUGAGCAUUCAUGAACUAGUUAUUGUACUAGUACGUUGCUUUCAGCCAAAUACUUG